CCCCCACCCGGACCCACAGCACGAACGCAUAAGGAAGAUGAACUCGUUCUGGCUUCCAGCAAGUGCUUUGUCUGAUUCUGAGUAAAAGUGAAACUUGUUAUGUAACAGCAACAGCCCUAUAAAUAUCCUGGUUCAAACCCCAGCAGCCCGGGAGGACGCUGCAGAGGCUGGAGGGAGCUCGGAGGCUACAAAAAAGCACCCGCUUGUCCUGCAAACUGCGGCGGCAGCACAGAGAAAUUCCGUGAGAUACUGAGUGCUGACGUGGGGCUAUACCCUUUAACAGAUAAAAUGUCUGACCAGGCAACUCCCCCUGCUGCAUCUGGAAGGAAUAGAGCAGAAUCUGAUCUGAGAAUCGUCCUUGUUGGUAAAACUGGAGCUGGGAAAAGUGCAACAGGAAACACCAUUCUUGGUGCUAAAAAAUUUAUUUCAAAAAUCUCAUCAUCUUCAGUUACAAUGCAGUGUGAAAGACAGGCAGUGUUCAUUGAUGGGAGGAAAAUUACAGUGGUCGAUACUCCUGGCCUUUUUGACACUUACGCACGUAACAAAGAGACUUCCAAAGAAAUAGGUGAGUCUGUUAAACUCCUCUCUCCAGGAAUCCAUGCCAUUAUUCAUGUCAUGCAGCUGGGUCGCUUCACCCAAGAAGAAAAGGAUGUGGCUAAGGAAAUAGAAAAGAUUUUCAGGUUCGAAGCAAAGAAUUACAUGAUCUUCCUGUUCACCCGAAAAGAAGAUUUAGAGGAGAGAACACUGGAAGCGUUCCUAGCAAAUGGCGAUAAACAGCUUUGGAGUCUGAUUCAGACUUGUGGAAACCGACGCCUCGCUUUCAACAACAGAGCCGAAGGAAAUGAACAGUCUGCUCAGGUGUCUGAGUUGCUUGCAAUGAUUGAUGACAUAGUGCGUAGAAACGGUGAACAGCCCUGUUAUACUGAAGGAAUGUUUAAGAAGGACAAGUCACUCUUAGAACGCUUUUGUGCUAUACUCUAAUCGAUAAUGAUCUUCUGAGACAGGGGUUUGUUGUACUUUUACCAUUUUAGAAGGGGGUUUGGAACACUUGUUUUAAUGCCAAGGCUUUUAUUGGUAUUAAAAUCUUCGACACUGAGAUUAAAAUAACAUAUUUACAUUUCCCUGAAUUGUAUCACUAAUUUCAUCUUGGAUAGCAAAACCUGAAAGAAUUUUAAAUCAAAUUUAAUUUUCAUCAUUUUAUGGUUGUACUUUUUAUCUUUCUCUCUGCUUCAGCGGUGAAACCAGACCAGUCAGUUCCCUUUGUUUGUUCUCGUGUGGUUCUCAUUCACCAGCACGAUGCUGUCUGUCUGGAUUUCCAGACACAUAGUGGAAUGAAAUCCCUCUGCCCCUGUUUUUCAGUGAAAUAACAGUUACACUCAUGGAAACGUGAGGUUUGUGACUCCUCCAACUUGAACUAAAUUUUCAAAAGUGUAAAAUUGCUGCAGGCUCCACAUUCUGGGGGUGUU